AUGGUUGGCUUGUUCGGUUCAAUCAUUUCGGGGAUACAACUUGCUACUUUGGAGCAUCGUGAGUUAGCAUCAGUGAAUUGGUCAGGAACGAUCGUAGUAUACUACCUUUUAUUUGCUACCUGUAUGUUUUUGUUUUAUUCAAUGGUCAGCGUGGUAGUACAGAAGGCUUCUGCUCUUAUGUUCAAUUUAUCAAUACUUACUGCCGAUUUUUAUACUCUUAUUUUUGGCGUAUUCAUGUUCAAAUAUGAAUUUCAUCCAUUAUAUUUCGUAUCGUUUACCCUAGUAAUUAUUGGUUCCUUAAUAUAUUCGAUCCGAAAAACAGAAAGGCGAGAUUCAGAUGAACCACGCAAUAUAUGCCGCUUAUUAUGUUAUUGUUGUAUAGGUGAUGAUAAUCAAUCAUCGGCCAUUCCUCAGCAGUUUUUUGGUCAUUCAUCAUCGGUACCAACUAGAAGCGGAAUCGGGAUAGCGGACAAUACUGUGUUAUAUGGUAGGACAACCGCGUACCCGAGAACUACAAAUAUCAGACAUUGUCCAAUACAUGGUCAACAUAUGCCAUUUUCACAACAGCAACAAUCAACUAAUACAAUGGAAACAUACGCAUAG